AUGGUAGACAUUGACACCUUUGAUAGAGUCCCGGUGGACUUAACCAACGAUUCAUGGAACUCCUGUGAUCCACGACCUCCUCCUAUAGAAGUCCCCAAACCAUUGGCUACUCUUUUCCAACAUAUUCAAUCGCACCCAGCGUUGGGAAUAUUCCGUAUCAAUGGGUCGUCCAAAAGAAUAUCGUGUUUGUUUGAGCUUUUAGGUGAUCUUCCUCACAAUUCAAGAGAUCUGUUGGUGAUGGUUGAAGACCCUGAAUGUACUGAAUGGGAUAAUUCAUACACUAUCCAUGAUUAUUGUGGAUGCUUGAAACGUUUACUUUAUGCUUGUUAUCCCGAAUUGUUGACUCCACGAGUAACCCGCAGGUUGACGUCCCAGAACAGAAGUAAUAGUUUCCAAUACGUAAUAGCUCAAUUGCAUACUCCAAGCAAUGUUCAUCAUAGCCAAAUGUUUUUAUACUUGGUGUUUCAAUUGCAUCUAUUGGUACAAAAUAGUAUCUCGAUCACCAAAAUGACGGCCCAUAAUUAUGCUAUAGUAUUCCAACCACUCUUUUUUAAUUGUGAAACAACAGAAACAAUGACUAACGCCACGAGGUUAUUGGAGUCUUUGAUUGUGAAUGCUCCUCAGGUGAUAUCCCAGUAUUAUCAUUAUAAACCUUCGUUAGAUGAGAUUGAAGAAUCUUCAUGUUCUAGUGAAGAUGAAUUCUAUGAUGUGGUUCAAAUUGGGUCCUUCCACAAUAAUAAUUCUAUGGAAAAGCUCUCUCAAACAACCUUGAACAACUAUUCUAAACUUAGACGGAAAUCCUUGAUUAGACUCUUCAAAUCUUCAGAUAGUAUCGAUAAACCAGCAUAUGACAACUUGACUUCAAUUGUGGCAUCAUCUCCUGCAACAGUCCCAACUCCAGCUUCAAUUUCGGCUUCAGCUUCGUAUCAUCAUCUUUCAGAUAUCCAAAAAGAUGCACCUCCUCCUCUUCCUUCUUUGGUUCCUCCCAAACGCCGGAUCAGCUUUUUUGAAAAGAGUAAUAACAAAACAAAACAUAGACUAUCUAUCAGUUCACCAGUAGGAGUUAGAGUCCAAUCACUUCCCUCCUUACCACUUACUCCUACAUCUCCUACAUCUAAUUAUAAAGCACAACCGUGUUUAGAAACAAUCCCAUCAGCGAAUGGAAGUCGCAGAGGAGAAACUGUAGAAAUACCCAGGAUUUCAAUUCGGGCCUUUUCAACCACAGCCGUGGUGCGCGAUGCGGCUACUGAAGCAGCCAAGAAGCAGAAGAAACAAGAUGAAGCCAUUAAUGCUAAAGUUAGAGCUAGACAACUCCAGAAAAAGAAGCAAAAAAUGAGACAGGCACCGGAAUUACAUCCGUUAUAUAUGGAAGUGCCAACCGCAUUGAGAUAUUUAAGAGCCGCUGAAGUUGGACAACCUUCUAAGAAAACCACAAUUUCCAUGCAAUUUGGAUUAGUAUCUGAAAGAGGAUCUAAACCAUUGAAUGGCAGUGUAUUUUUCCCUCGCCCAGUUAAGGAAUCCAGUGCGAUGAUUUUGUCAUUAGAUGAAAGUAUUUUACAACAAGCCAAAGAUGCUGGAGCCACCAUUACUGGAGGAGCAGAACUUAUUGAUCAAAUUGAUGCCAAAGAAGUUGAUUUGGAUCAAAUUAGUACUUGCUAUGCUACGCCAGAUAUUGUUCCUCAAUUAGCAAGAGUAGCCAAAAGAUUAGGACCUAAGGGUCUUUUCCCCUCUGUCAAGCAAAAAACUGUUGAUGCAGAUGUUGUGGGGUUAAUGAGAAGUAAUUUGGGUGCCCAUAAGUUUAAGCAGAAGGAAAAUAAAUUGGCCCUUCCAAUUGGUAGAUGUGAUUUCAGUGAUAAAGAAAUCAUCGAUAACAUUAAGGCUGCUACUAAAGCCAUCUAUGACUUACAACCACCCGGAACAAAGAAACCUGUAGUUAUUGGCCAAUGCCAUUUGUCUUCUACUUUGGGUCCAUCUGUGGUUAUCAACAUCAGAAACUAA